GCCUCUCCCCGUUUUCCGCCCCGGUUGGGAAUUUGCCGACGCGCCCUCGCGCGGGAGGAAGCGGAGCCGUUUUGAGGGCCGGACCCCGCGCGCGCAGCGCCGGCGGGAAACAUGUCCGGGGCGCGGCCGUUCCUGGCGUGCGCCUGCUUCUUCACCGACAACAUCUUCGUGGGCCGCUACGGGCUCCACGUGCGGCGCUGCAGGAGCGCGGCUGCCGGAGCGAGGAGCAGUUCCAGGCAGUGCUGAGGGAGAUUGAGGCAGAAGUGCAGAGAAGAAAACAGUUAGUCCAUCAGUCAGUGGAACGCAGAGCCAUCAUCUCCAAGUGCUACAAACCCAAACACCCAGAGGUGUACACUCUGCAGGAUUCCUUCCUGGCCCCAGAUUUCCUGGAGAUCGUGCGAUACUGCACAUCGCCGGGAGCUCAUCUCCAGGGCCUCCUGGGCUACCUCGAGUCCUUCUCAGAUAAGAGGAUCUAUCGACUCCCAGUGUUCACAGAGGAGUUCUGCCAGACCUUUGUGGAUGAGCUGGAGAACUUUGAGCAGUCGGAUAUGCCCAAAGGCAGGCCCAACACCAUGAAUAACUACGGGGUUUUGCUGAACGAGCUUGGGAUGGAUGAAGGCUUCCUGACCCCCCUGAGGGAGCAGUUCCUGCGGCCCAUCACGGCCCUGCUGUACCCUGAGCUGGGGGGAUUCUACCUGGACAGCCACAGAGCCUUUGUGGUCAAGUACUCCCUGCACGAGGACCUGGAUCUGAGCUCCCACUAUGACAAUGCAGAAGUCACCUUAAAUGUCUCACUGGGGAAAGACUUCACAGAAGGCAACUUGUACUUUGGGGAUUUCUACAAGGAUCCCAGUCCUGUGCCGAAGUACCUGGAGGUGGAACACGUGGGAGCCCAGGGGCUGCUCCACCGGGGAGGGCAGAUCCAUGGGGCACUUCCCAUCGGCUCCGGGGAGCGCUGGAACCUCAUCGUGUGGAUGAGAUCAUCCCUCAUCCGAAACGAGCUCUGCCCCAUGUGCAACAGCAAACCCCAGCUGGUGGAAGCAGAGGGAUUUGGGGAUGGAUUCACAGGAACCGUGGAAGAGGACGUGCCCGAGACUGAGGAUGUCUGUGCCCUGUGGUAGGGGAUGGGAAAACACAAUUUCUGCAGACCACGUUGCCUAAAGCUCCUCUCUGACCUCUCAGACUGCACUAACAGACUGAUGGAUGCAGGAGUCCUGUAAGAAGUAGCUCUCACCAUGGAAAAGGAGCCCUGCCAGGGUUAGGGGAGCUUGGAGAGCUGGAACUCAGCUCACCAGGGCUCACUCUCGGGCUGCAGGACUGUAAGACAGAGAAAGCCCCAACACUUUGGUGCACUACAGAGACUCUGUAAAUAUUUUCAGGUGUACAGGGAAAACACCUGAAGCUCCUUGGCCUCUGUGCCAACAGCAGCAUCCCAGGUCCUGCUGGAAAUGGGAAGGAAUGGUGAUUAAAGCCCUACACUUACCACUCUCUGCUGUUCUCAGUGGUCUCCUGUCCUCUUCCAGGGGCAGGGGAAGAGCUUUUUAUUGCUGAGUGACAGAGAAGGAUCUGCUCAGAAAUGAGAUCCAGCUGAUUCACAAUAGGCUGCUGGGAAUGGCAGGGAAGCAUUAUUACUGGAGGUUUGCCUAGCCCGCACUCAGAAGAAUCCAUCAGGAGCAAUAUAUAGGGAGAGCCGAUCCCACAGGGUGGCUGAGAGGAUUUCCACAGGCUUCCACAAGCUCUUCUGAGCACAAAUUUCCAGUAGGCAGAAACAGAGACAAAGCUCUGGGAGCCACCUGCACCACAGCAAAACUUUACAUUUAACUCCCUUUGCUUUAGUUAUAUGAGCAAGUGAAAAUACAAAAUAAUUCUCCCAAGCUGGGUGCAUCAGGCAGACCUGGGGCUUCUUAAUUUGGCACCAACAUCCCUCAACAGAUGAUGGAUUAGGAGAGUCAAGUGCUUCCCCUGUCCUACUUCCAGCUGGCUGAAAGCUUGGGACUCUCACACCUACAAAACAAAUUAAAGAAGCAAAAUAUGUUUUGAUUUGGUGGCCGCAUUUGCCUCUGUAGCAAAUUAAUUGUAUAUGAUGUGCACAGAGACUGCUGGAUUUGUAAGGGGCUGUUUCAUUCACUUGUUCCCUGCAGUAAUUAGAGCACGUGGAUAAUCGCAUCGAGAACUGGGAAAGGCUGGACGUGAGCGGGUACAGGGUGUUAUUUUAAGCCCUCGCAAGGGACCCGCUGGAUCUUUGGCUGGGGGUGCCAUUGGCACACGGCUCAUGGGCUGCUCGUUAGCAAAGCCCAUUAAAAUCGCACCUGGGCAAGGAAA